AGUCCCUCACUACCGGAAGUAAAGCCGGGGAACGGUCCAUUGGGAGAACAUGGGUUGCUGCUAAAUGGUUAUUAUCAAGCGCUGACAGUGUUUUGUCUGCUGUAUGCAUGUGAUCACACACUGAUCUGGUGCUGAUUUACUUGCAUUGAUCGCUUCGGUGUGCUGGUUCCUUCAGAUGAGAUGAAAUCCUGUAAUGUAAUCCUGGCAUCCAGGUGACUAGAGAGGCCUUGUCGGUUCAUAUGUCCCACACGAUGGGAGGCUGGAGUGUGUUUGUGGCCGGCUGUGUUUGGGCGAUUCUUCUCCUGGCUCUGUUUGGAGAUUCCCUGGCGUCUGCGACUGAGUUUGAUCCCUACAAAGUUCUCGGGGUGUCCAGACAUGCCAGCCAGGCCGAAAUCAAGAAAGUGUACAAGAGGCUCGCAAGAGAAUGGCAUCCAGACAAGAACAAAAGUCCAGGGGCAGAAGACAUGUUUAUCAAGAUCAUUAAAUCGUAUGAGAUUCUGUCCAAUGAGGAGAGAAGGUCAAACUAUGACCGGUUUGGUCAAAUGGACGAGAAUCAAAACUUUGCCCGAGCACCGCAGGGCUUCAGACAUUAUCAUGACAGCUUCUACUUCGAUGAGUCUUUCUUUCACUUCCCUCGGACGAGUCGUGAUUUCACAGACAGCAAGCACCUCUUUCACUACAAUCAGUACAUCAGUGAGGUUCUGCCGGACAGUUUCAAGAGGCCCUACCUGAUCAAGAUCACGUCAGAGUGGUGCUUCACCUGCAUCCAUAUUGAGCCCGUAUGGAAGGACGCUGUGCAAGAGCUGGAGCCGCUGGGAGUUGGUAUUGGAGUGGUGGACAUUGGGUAUGAGAGACAGCUGGCUAACCAUCUUGGUGCCCACCGCACACCGUCCAUACUUGGUUUAAUCAAUGGCAAAGUCACUUUCUUCCACUACGCUGUGGUCAGGGAACACUUGAGACAGUUUGUGGAAAGCCUUCUGCCCCAGAAGCUGGUUGAGAAGGUGACGGAUAACAGCUAUCUUGAGUUUUUAAACAGUUGGCACGAGGAGAAUAAGCCAAGAGUGCUAAUGUUUGAUGUAGCAUCUAAUAUCCCUCUUUUGUAUAAGCUCACCGCGUUUGCCCAUAAGGACUAUAUGAGGUUUGGCUAUGUGGACAUGGGGCUGACUGAGACCUCCAGUCGUGCAGUCGUGCAGAGGUUCAACAUUAACACAUACGCUCCCACCAUGCUCCUCUUCAAAGAGAACACCGACAAACCGGCUGAUGUUAUACAGGCAAGAGGAAUGAAAAAACAGAUAAUUGAUGAGUUUGUGUCCAAUAAUCGUUUUCUUCUGGUGCCGCGGCUGGUAAAUCAGAAGCUCUUCGACGAGCUGUGUCCAGUUAAACAGUUCCACCGUCGCAGGAAGUACUGUGUUCUUCUCGUCACCGAUGAAGGGGAGCAGUUUGUGUCAGUGAACGAGGCGUUCUUUGACUUCGCUUCCUCCAACACUAAAGAAGUUGUCAAGUUUGCUUAUGUUUAUCAGAGAAAGCAGCAGCCUCUCUGUGACACUCUGCUCAAAAAGGAAGACACAACCCCUCCACAGGUGAUUCUCCUGGAGAGACGCAGCGCUACAGGAAGGGUGUUGUAUCGGACAGUGAUGGGUGGAUGGAAUGGGAGUGAUGAUGAUAAGCUCCGCCUCCUCGAGCAGCUUGAGCUUCUGCAAAGAGACCCCUCCUACCUUACCCAUGAUGCAAUGCUGCCUGAACUCAACAACGAGUUUGCAUCUAUGUUUCUGAUUCAGUGGAUAAACAGUGCAUAUGAUUACCUCACUCAAUUCUACUUUAAUCUUCUCUACUCUAAUUGGCGAGAGAUGAUGCCCGUACUGUCUCUGAUCUUCUCAGCUCUUUUCAUUCUGUUUGGGACUGUAAUCAUUCAGGCCUUCAGUGAUGCUGAGGAAGACAAACCAGCCAAACAAAAGGCCACCGAGUCACCAAAGACAGCAGAGAGCUCUCCAAGACAAGAGAGCGCUUCAACUCGUCCACCUAAGAAGAAUUUUGUGGAAGUGACCGAGCUCACGGACAUCACCUACAUGAGUAACUUAGUCAGGUUAAAGCCUGGCCACAUCAACGUUGUGCUGAUCCUUACUGAUGCUUCUAAGCAAGUACUGCUCCGGAAGUUUGCCAAAGAAGUGUUUUCGUUCUCAGGGUCUCAGACUCUUCACUACUCCUUUUUAAAUGUGGACAAGCACGGCCAAUGGAUGGAUUCCCUCAUGGAGUCGGCUCCCGACGCCAGGCCGUCAGACUGCUUGGACAAAGAGGAAGAAGAGGAGGACUCCACCUCCAACAAAUCAGACUACACUGGCCACAUCCUGGCGCUCAACGGCCACAAGAAGUAUUUCUGCUUAUUCAGACCUGUCUUCACAGGGGAGGAAGCCGAAUGUAGUAGGUGGUCCGACGAGGAUGCAAGGAAAGCCUCGAGAUCCCGGUCAAGUUCCCGACAGAAGGCCACCACUCUGGAGAUCCACCACAAACUGGACCGACUGGGUCUGUGGAUGGAGAGGCUGAUGGAAGGAACUCUACCAAGGCACUACGUUCCGGCCUGGCCCGGUCUGGACACCAUAACAGCGCAGAAAUAAGACUCGCGUUUGUCCUCACGGGAUCCUCUGCUGUACUGAUGUGAAAGGUGUUGAAUACUCAACAUCUUUGUGAUCCAAAUGACUUAGUUACUUUUAAAAGACAUUAAGUUAUUCAGUAAAAUGCACUGGUAAUGAGUAGAGGGUGUCUUUAUUUAGAGCACCAUGUGCUCGUCGGCUGCUUUAGGGGCAAAACUCCUUUCUUUCUGUAACGUACAUUGUCUUUUUGUUAGUAUGGUUGUUUCAUUACUGUAUGGAUGCCUAUACCCAGAUACAGCCACUCUGUGUAGCUUCAGACAGGGCUAAAUGUGUCUUUACACUGCUGGGUAUGUGGCAGCUAUGGCCUGUCCUUAUAAUUGCAUCCAGGGUCCUGAGAAUUCAAUAAACAGCCCAGGUUUCAGAAGCAGUUCGUAUUAAGAUUACCUUUUUGCCUUUUCCAGUCACAGUCACUAUUUGGAUAAUAGGAAUUAGAAAAAAGUGUGUGUGAAAAAGGUUUAGUCAGUCUACUUAUGCAAAAUCUCCCAACUACCAAUUUACUAAACCGUGCUGCAUGAAAAAAAUUACAUUUUUGACAACUUGAGAAGAUAUUAGUGAAUUAUCACUAUGUUAAAAUGUCUCUAUAUAUCUAUAUGUCUCUAUAUAUAUAUCAUCAGUUGCCAUUUUCUUUUAUUAUUUUUGUUGUGCAUUGUUUAAGAAUAACAAAAUUUGUACUGUUGCAACUUGACUGUAUUUAUUUAAAAUAUAUAUAUAUAUAUAUGUUUUUUUACAAUUUACACACUUUCAUACAACAUUCCUUACAGUAACACAUUAUUAAACACAGUGUUGGGGAAAGUUAAUGUUUAAAAGUAAUGCAUUACAAUGUUGCAUUGCUCCCUAAAAAAGUAACUAAUUACAUUUCUUUUGUAUGGAAAGUAUGUUAUGUUACUUUACUUUAACAUUCCUUUUUAAAUAUGAGCUUAAUUGUUUUUAAUAUAAGAAGUUCUAUUUCUGGCAAAUGUAAAAGCCCUUUCAUACCAAAACGUUUAAUGAAUAAACCUCAGGCUGAAGGAAAUUUGAAUUCACGCCUGUACAGCAGAAAGCAGAAGAAGGUUCAAUACUCUUCAGCAAUAUGAAGCACAAUUGUUAGUUUAUCAAUUUUGCUUAUUAGCAUGGUUGAACUGGAUCAUCAAAGGUGAGCAGCAAAGACAUUAUUUAAUAAAAUUGGAUUAGAUACAUUUGUGUUAACCUAUUGUAGGUUUGCAUCAUAUUCUGAGUGUCAAUUCAUUGUGAUAAAUAAUAAAUCCUUUUUUUUGCUUUUU